AUGGAUGUUGAAACUACUAUCAGCUGGGCUGCAAGACCAAGAAAAGGAAAAAGAACAUGCGAAUAUCUGCAAAAGAACAGAGACGCUAUUUUGUGUCUUCCAGCACCCUCAAUUUUCAAUGUUCCACAGACUAUAAAAAGAGAGGAUUUGAGUUUAGAUGAAGUAGAACCCAAGAAAUUAUGUUUUUCAGUAAAUAAAAACUGUAGAGAGUCCAAGUGGAAAACAUUCUAUCAAUAUUUGAGUGACUUUCUAAACCCUGCACUUAUCAUUGGGGCUUUGCACGUGAUCAUGAAUUUAUUCCUUAUUUCUGUAUUGGUGUACAGUGUCUGUUACAUUUUAUACUUUGCAAAGAUGGAUAUUUCAUAUAAAAUAGGAAUAAAGCAGGCAGAAGCAAGAGCAAUAGUAGAAGAGGCAAAGAGAAUGUACAAGAUAAACAAAUGUGAUCCUACAACACGUGUUCCUGCCUUAGAAGCGCAGUGUGGGAAGUGGGAAUGUAUAAUCAAAAGUGGGUUUUCAGGUAUCAAAUAUACAAGAAUCGUUGCAGAGCUUUUUGCAGAUGUUGUUGAUGGAUUUGUUGGCAGGUUUAAACUAAGGAAUUUAAUUGUUAUAAUGGUAUUUGUGGCUACAACACUAAUUUUCAGAAGAAAAUCCUCAAACUAG